AUGAACUCCUCUUCGUGGAGAACCGAGUCGCUGCUCGUGUCCUCCGGCUUCUCGCUGCUCUUCGUGCUCGGCACCGCGGGGAACUCGCUGGUGCUCGCGGUCCUGUGUGGGAGCGGAACCUUGAACACCACCAACCUGUUCAUCCUCAACCUGGGGCUGGCGGACCUGGGCUUCAUCGUGCUGUGCGUCCCCUUCCAGGCCACCGUGUACACCCUGGACCAGUGGCUGUUCGGACCCGUGCUGUGCAGGCUCGUGCACUUCUUCAUCUUCCUCACCAUGCACGCGAGCAUCUUCACCCUGGCGGCGGUGUCUGUGGACAGGUAUCUGGCAAUCUGCUUCCCUCUCAGCUCCAGAGGGAUGAGAACCCCAAAGAACGCCCUGGCCUCCAUCUGCCUGAUCUGGGCCGUGUCACUGGUUUUCUCGGGGCCGUACCUCAGCUACUACUCCCAGUUGGAGCUGGGGGGCACCGUGGUGUGUAUCCCGGCCUGGGAGGCCACGCCACGCCUCGUCAUGGACGUGAGCACCUUCCUGUUCGGAUACCUGGUUCCCGUCCUGGUGCUCAGCCUCGCCUACGCCCGCACCGUGCGGUACCUGUGGACCAGCGUGGAGCCCGUGAAGGACGUGUCCGAAUCCCGACGGGCCAGACGUAAGGUCACCAAGAUGAUCCUCAUCGUCACGGCGCUCUUCUGCCUCUGCUGGCUGCCCCAUCACCUCAUCAUCCUCUGCAUGUGGUCGGGCCGGUUCCCCCUCAACCAGACCACCUACGUCCUCCGCAUCCUGUCCCACCUGCUGUCCUACACCAACUCCUGCCUCAACCCCAUCGUCUACGCCCUCGUCUCCAAGCACUUCCGCAAGGGCUUCAGGAAGGUGUUCAUCUGCAGGAAGCAGAGGAGGAGCAGGAGGAGGGAGAGCAACAAGGUGCACGUGGUCCAGGUGGUGGACCCGGUCUGCAGCGUGGAGACGUCCAACUAGAGAGAGAGAGAGGGAGGGAGAGA